AUGGGGUACUUCGUGGGUGUUACGAGCACCGGCUUCGUCGGCAGCGGUGAGAUGAGCGCGGUGACCUCGUUCCAACCAUGCCACAUCUUCGGUGACCAGAUGCUCAUCGGCGCGGGCAUCCGAAUCGGAUUCUACCUGCUCUACGCCGCUGCUAUUCUUGCUGUCUUGUUCGGCGUCGACAAGCAGUUCCGAUUCUGGCACGGCGCAUGGGGCAUUUUGACUCUAUCUCUCUUCACGGCCAUGUUCCUGAACGUGGUGGACUACAACCUCAUUAUCAUCGACUACGCCGUCCUGAUUCAGCUCGUUCUCUGGUACCCGGUAUACUUCGUGCUGACCGUCUUGUUCCGCCAAGCGCUCGUUGUGGACGGUAAAGACCAGCCAAAGGCCGAUGCCGAGUACCAAGAACGACUGCAGCGUUAUCGGCGGGCAAUUGUAACGGAUCUCGACGUUGCGCGCGCCCGCGCCUAUGCGGAUGUUCUCAAAGCAUUUGCUCUCCAUGCCGCAGCGGAAGAGGCAGAGCGGGACCACGAUUCCGCACAGGCCGCUCUCAGCCAUGCUGUUCAACACUAUGUCUCACACUGGCAUGAGCAAGUCGAGCUCGACGACGGCCGGCACAGCGAGGAUGUUCAGAUCGACGGCGGCGCCGUUACCACAGUCUACAACACCGAGCUGAUCGAAGAAAUCGCCGCUGCCCCGACCCGCGCCGACAUUGACAAACUCCGCGAUCUCUACGUCGCCGCCCUAGUCCACUCGCAGCAAUCCAUCUCCGAGGCCCGGGCCACCGAACAAGAAGUGGCUCUCAUCGCCUCUGAAGAACUGCGCAUCAAACGCCGCGCCAGAGCUCCGAAGCAAUCACUUCGCCAUUUCCUCCUCACCACGAGCUACAAAGACCAGCUGACCGCGGCCAUCGGCCUGCUGAUCUGGUCCGCCUUCAUGUUCGGCACGGCCGCGCUCAACUGGCCCCUCCUACACAACGGCAACAAGUCCUCGGGCGCCUGCGACAACGUACCCACCGUGUACUUCGUCUUCGCCCCGAAAAAGCCCUUCGCAGACGCCGGCUUCACCACCUUCUUGCGCGUCUGGACAGUCGGCGUCUGCCUCGUAGCCGUGGUCACCACCGCCCUGGGCCUCUUCAUCCUGGUCGUCAGCGUCAUCGGCCCCGCCGCCGUCGGUCUCCGGCCGUGGACCAAGCGAAAGCCCCACAACAACGACAGCACGGCUGAAGCAGAGGAAGGCCCCGCGACAGCGUACGCACAAGAUCCACGCGCUUCGAGGGGGUUUUCCCAAAAGGCGCGCGGCCGGCAUACACAGGAGAUCCUCGCGUGUCUGCACCACAGCGAGACACGUUCAUUUCAGCACCGGUACCGUAGCCGGACGACGGCGCCUGCGCGGUUUAGUCUAUGGAAUUUCCCCUGGGCUGUGCUGCUCGCGGUGUUGUUGGUGAUCACGAUUGUGUGUGCUGAAUUGACCGUCUCACGGCAAGGCCCGAAUAACAACACGCCGCUGGACUUUGCGCGGCCGCCACUUCAUGAGACGUCGGAGAUUCUGGCGUUUUUAGUGGGGUUGUAUUCGCUGAUUUUGACGCUGUUGAGUGUUAUUGGGGCGUUUGGCGCGGCCUUCUUGCGGAACCGACGUCGCAAGAACCGGACGGAGGGUGGGGCUCAGCAGGGAGAGAAGGGGAAGGGACAGCAGCCUGGGGUUGCGUACUAG